CCACCACUUUGGUUUUGUGGUGUAGUGUACUGUGAUAUUUUUAUAUUGGAAAGUGUAUUCAUUUUAUUCCACAAAUUCUCGAUAAUGUUUUUAGCAAAAAGUAUUUUAAAACAAAACCAAUUAAAUACAAUUCAAAGAACAUGUAAUUUUAGUUUAAGUUCAAUUAGUGCAGCUAGGAAAAAAGUGUGUAUAGUUGGAGCUGGGCCAGCUGGCUUCUAUGCGGCUCAGUAUAUUUUGAAGCAUCUGUCCGAUUGUGAUGUUGAUGUUUUAGAGAAAUUGCCAGUUCCAUUUGGUUUAGUUCGUUUUGGAGUAGCACCCGAUCAUCCCGAAGUAAAAAAUGUAAUCAACACAUUUACAAAAACAGCCGAGAAUCCACGUUUUAGAUUCUUAGGUAAUCUAAGUUUAGGAAAGGAUUUUAGUAUAGAACAGUUGCGAGAUAACUAUCAUGCAGUUCUGUUGACUUAUGGGGCAGAUGAAGAUCGUCGCAUGAAUAUUCCAAAUGAAGAUUCUAAAAAUGUUAUAUCAGCGAGGAAGUUUGUUGCCUGGUAUAAUGGACUGCCAGGAUCAGAAAACUUGAAUCCCGACUUGAGUGGGGAUACUGUGACUUUGGUGGGACAGGGUAAUGUUGCUAUUGAUGUUGCAAGAAUACUCCUUUCAAAAGUUGAUGCGCUUAAAUCAACAGAUACAACAGAAUAUGCCCUAGAAGCUUUAGCCAAUAGUAAAGUUAAAAACGUUUACUUGGUCGGUCGAAGAGGACCUCUUCAGGCUGCUUUCACUAUCAAAGAAUUAAGGGAGAUCUUAAAGCUGCCAGAUGUUUCAACCGUUUGGAGAAAAUCCGACUUUAAAGAUAUUCCAGAAAUCGUCAGUUCCUUAGCACGCCCACGUAAACGCCUUACAGAAUUAAUGCUCAAAAGCUUAGAUGAACAGCAAUCUUCACCACGCACAAGUGAAAAGAAAUUUCUACCAGUUUUUCAAAGAUCUCCAAAAGAAAUCCAUGAUGAUUUCAUUGAAUUUAGUGUGACUGAGCUUCAAGGUAACACUGCCAUUCCGACAGAUGUGUCUGAAAAAUUUCAAACCGAUUUAAUAUUACGAAGUAUUGGUUACAAAUCGGUCUCGGUAGAUAAGGGAAUUAAUUUUGAUGACAAAAGAGGAUAUGUUGUUAAUAAAGAUGGUCGAGUACUUCAAAAGAACUCUCAAGAAGGUUCCAUCGAUAAAGGAUUGUAUGUAGCCGGUUGGUUAGGAACCGGUCCAACUGGUGUAAUUCUCACAACUAUGAAUGGAGCUUUUGGUGUUGCGAAAGCAAUAUGUGAUGAUGUUGAACAAAAUUUUAUUGAUACUGAAACACAAAAAUCUGGAUUGGAUAUUAGUGACAAACGUGUAGUAACAUGGAAAGGUUGGACCGAAAUUGAUAAAUAUGAAGUUGAAAUUGGUAAGGCCAAAGGGAAGCCAAGAGAAAAGUUAAUUGAUAUUGAGAAAAUGUUAAAAAUUGCUGGUGUAUGAUGAACUUAUUUAUUUUUUUUUUUCUUUUUGAAAAUAUAUUUUUAUAUGCUUAUUAAAAAAAAUAUUUUUUUAGAAGUAAAACUGGUGCUUUUGUUUGUAAUAUGUUUAAGGCAAAUCGAUUUACUUAAAAAA